AUGGUGCCGCGGAAACCCCUGUCCUCAGUCUCCCCUUCCUGUGGGUUCAAGACAUCUCUUGGAUCCCACAGCCUCGAGCUUUUGCGGCGAGUCCACCUGGCUCCUUUGAGGCCCUUAGAGACCGAGCACCGAACAGACCAGACAAACAGCAGUCAUACAAAAAGACAAAAAGACUUAGACAUAGAAGAACAAGGAAAUGAGUGCACUCACCAGCCGGCGAUUAGGCCCAGCGUGUCGGGGUCCCAGGGGUACUGGGGGAGGAUUUCCCCUCUGAGGAGGGGAAUUCCCGGCCAACGCACCAAAUGUUAUACCCAGAUCGCAGUGGAUGCCUUUCAGGCUGCAGAAGAGGCUAAUGGAAUGGAAAAGGGAUGUGAACCAAUUUGGCAGCUAGAGCAAGAUGAACAAGACAGGCUAGGCGGCAACUCUGAUGAAGAUGACUUCAGAGGGGAAGGUUCAGAUUCCAACAUUACAAAAUUAGCCAUAAAGACAUCAGCGAAGCCCUCUGCUUUUCACAGUCACUCAGUGACCCAGGCUACCAUUUUGAAUCGCUGGUCACCAUGGGCGAACAAGGUGCAUGACCCCAUCGACCCAUGGAGAGGCCAGCAAUUGCAGUGCUACCUUGUGCCUGGAUCUAGGGACAACUGGAAGCAACCAGAGACCCAUAGUACCAUAACCCUAGUGACCAGAAAGACAGUCAGAGACAGAGCUCCAGGCAUAGAUACUUGUGUUUUCCAUACCCCACUUUUCAGGCAGAUUCAUAAGGAUGUGUAUGACUCAUCCGUUCGCCAGCACUGUGCCCCUCCCACUGCAGGAGCUACUCCCAAGCAGGACUUGUCUGUCUGGCUGUGGGGCCCCUGUGUAUGGGGCUGCCUGCUGGCACUAGGGCAGGGCCCAGCCUCAAUGCCUCAGCUUGAGUAUCCGCCAUUCGGGGCUAAAUUGACUGCUCAGAGCUCUGGGACACUUUUGCAGAGGGAUAAAGCAUUAGGCCCCCAGGUGAUUCACAGCCGUGACAGUAGCAUGGCUUUUAUAGAGAAAAAUGCUGGGGACUAUUGGAAGCUGAAAGAUGAUAGAAGUGCUUUGGGAGAAAAUUCACAUUCAUGGAAAUUGGAAAUACAUAAAUCUCGAGACAAAUUUUUCCAGACUUUUUGCUUUCACAGGAUUCGAAAAAGAGCUAAUGACUAUGGUUUGACAUCAGCAAAAACAAUAAAGGCAGCGGUGUGCAAGAUGACGACUCCCAUGCUUUUGCUAUACUGCUUAGUGUUGCUUUGGCGCACAGAGUCUUGCAGGACGUUAUCCCAGGUUGCUGACAAAAGCAAGGAGAAGAUGUCUGCCAGGCCGUACGGUGUAUGUGAUGGCGCGUGUGUGGACAACACCCACUGCAGUCAACCUUGCCCUCCAGACACUCAGGGAAACGUGGGGUUUUCCUGCAGGCAAAAGAAAUGGCGCAAGAUCACUGAAACCUGUCAGACUCUUAAUGCCUUCAACAUCUUUGAGACAAAUUUAUAUUCGAUCCAAACGUUAGGAGGAAAUGCAGAAGUAAAUGAGUUUGCCAGAAAGUCUGAGACCAUCACAGACAUGCUGAUGGAAAAGUGUCCAAAGGAUUUGUCCUGUGUAAUCAGGAACAUUCGGCAGUCCCCCCGGAUCCCGGGAAACAUUGCUGUCAUCGUGCAGCUCUUACACAACAUAUCCAUGGUGCCAUUGACAGGUGUCGACGUGGCAAAGAUGCAGAGUUAUAGCAUCAUGGCCAACCACAUUCUUAACAGCAAAAGCAUCUCAAACUGGACCUUCAUCCCUGACAGAAAUACCAGCUGUGUCCUACUACACUCGGUCAAUUCUUUUGCAAGAAAGCUAUUUAUAAAGAAGUAUCCGAUUGACAUAUCUGAUGUCUUCAUUCAUACAAUGGGCACUGCCAUCUCCCCAGACAACGAUGGGAAGAAUUUCACUUUUUCUAUGAGAGUUAAUGACACCAGCAGUGAGAUCACUGGACAGGUGUUGAUUGGUAGAGAUGAACUUCGGAAGGUGCCUACUCCUUCUCAGGCCAUCAGCAUUGCAUUUCCAACCCUCGGGGCCAUCUUAGAAGCCAGUCUUUUGGAAAAUGUCACUGUGAAUGGACUUGUUUUGUCUGUCAUUUUGCCCAAGGAACUUAAAAGAAUCUCACUGAUUUUUGAGAAGAUCAACAAGUCAGAGGAGAAGAGGACACAGUGUGUUGGCUGGCACUCCUUGGAGAGCAGAUGGGACCAGCAUGCCUGUCAAAUAAUUCAAGAAAACUCCCAGCAAGCUGUUUGCAAAUGUAGGCCAAGCAAGUUGUUUACCUCUUUUUCCAUCCUUAUGUCACCCCACAUCUUGGAGAGCCCGAUCCUGACUUAUAUCACAUACAUAGGCCUGGGCAUUUCCAUUUGCAGCUUGCUCCUUUGCUUGUCCAUUGAGGCCUUGGUCUGGAGCCACGUGACAAAGACAGAGAUCUCGUACUUACGCCAUAUAUGCAUUGCUAAUGUUGCAGCCACCUUGCUGAUGGCGGAUGUGUGGUUCAUUGUGGCUUCCUUUCUUAGCGGUCCAGUGACACACCACAAGGGAUGUGUGGCAGCAACAUUUUUUGUUCAUUUCUUUUACCUUUCUGUAUUUUUCUGGAUGCUUGCCAAGGCACUUCUUAUCCUCUACGGAAUCCUGAUUGUCUUCCAUACACUGCCCAAGUCAGUCUUGGUGGCAGCUCUUUUUUCAGUCGGCUAUGGGUGCCCCUUGGUCAUUGCUGCUAUCACAGUUGCUGCCACUGAGCCCGGCAAGGGCUACCUGAGGCCCGAGGCCUGCUGGCUCAACUGGGACAUGACCAAGGCCCUCCUGGCCUUUGUGGUCCCAGCUCUGGCCAUUGUGGUGGUCAACCUGGUCACAGUCACACUGGUGAUUGUCAAGACCCAGCGACCCGCCAUUGGCAGUUCCAUGUUCCAGGAGGUGAGAGCCAUUGUGAGAAUCAGUAAGAAUAUUGCCAUCCUCACGCCAUUGCUGGGACUGACCUGGGGGAUCGGACUAGCCACAGUCAUUGAUGACAGCAACCUGGCCUUGCACACUAUCUUCUCCGUGCUCAAUGCAUUCCAGGGCUUCUUCAUCUUGGUGUUUGGAACAAUCCUGGAUCCAAAGAUAAGAGAAGCUUUAAAGGGUCGAGUGACUUCUGCAAAAUGGAUCUCCAGAAUCUCAGAGUGGAGUGAAUCACACACUUACACAAGCCUUGAAACCCUGGGCGGUUUUACUUCUCAGAUAGGCUUCUCACAACAGGUGGCUGGCUUGCACUGGGGCCUCUUGGAUUUCCCUUUCAACAAUGGAGAAGAGGGAUCACAGCCGCUGAAGAAGGACCAUGGCAGAUUCAAAGGCAGGCACGCGCGAUGGUGGAGCGCAGCGUUGUGGAGCUCAGUGCCAACUUUCCAGCUGGAUGCGGCUGUACCUUCUCCAUCUGCUCUGAGAGUCCUGAUGCUAGCCCUCACACAGCGUGUCCAGGCAGGUGCGGGGUGCCUCGGCUUCAUGACUCAUUCCCUACAGCCCAGCCCGUUCUGGCGCGUAGAACGCUCUUAG